GCCUUAACCAAUCAGAGGCGUAUUUGCUAGCAGCUGACCAAUGAGAGCAGCGAUUGUUAGGGGGGCGGCGUGCCGGAGCUGUCACGAGGAAGUUCCAGUUGUCAUAGUUGAAGUGCGCCGGGCAGUUGAGUCAGAUACAGUUUAAUAGGUGGAGAUGUUCCGCCAUGUGCUUGGAAAGACCCUGGGCUUUGUGGGCUACACAAUCCAGUAUGGCUGUAUCGCCCACUGUGCCUUCGAAUACAUUGGAGAAUUUGUGGUGUGCUCUGGUCCGUCCAUGGAGCCCACCAUCAUCAACCAUGAUGUGGUCUUCUCAGAACGGUUUAGCCGCCAUCUUUACAAAAUAGAAAAAGGCGAUAUAGUAAUUGCAAAGAGUCCAUUUGAUCCCCAUAUGAACAUCUGUAAAAGGGUUAUUGGAUUGGAGGGUGACAAGAUCUGCACAAGUGGCCCCUCAGAUUUAUUCAAGACCCACACAUAUGUUCCAAAAGGCCAUGUAUGGCUAGAAGGGGAUAACCUCAGGAAUUCCACUGACUCCAGGAGCUAUGGCCCAGUUCCCUAUGCCCUCAUCCGAGGGCGUGUUUGCCUAAAGCUCUGGCCUCCACAUAGUUUUGGCACCCUCAGUGAAAGCCCAACCGGACGGAUCAUUGAAACUCAUGGUGACUCAGACUCAGAUUGACUCAGCUACUGUGUGUAUGUGUUGCUUUGUUUUUAGCAGUUUUUAAAUAAAUCUAUUUAUU